CUGCAGUUCAUUUGUCCAUCAUGUGAUAGUUCAGUGUUGGAAACAAGAACUGUCCAGAACAAUCCAACAAACAAAGUGGGAACCAUUCUGCUAGUAUGACAGAUAAAGUGACAGAGUUGGUGUCAAAGUGCCUGCAGGCCCGGGACAUGGCCUACUGUCCCUACAGCCGCUUCCCUGUUGGUGCUGCCAUUUUAACAGCAGAUGGGGUCAUAAUCACAGGUUGUAAUGUGGAGAAUGCCUCCUACGGUCUGACAGUGUGUGCAGAGAGGACAGCCAUCCAGAGAGCUGUAGCUGAGGGACAUAGACAGUUCACAGCCAUCGCUGUGACAUGUGAUAUCAAAGACCGUUUUGUUGGACCCUGUGGAGCAUGCAGGCAGGUUCUCAUGGAGUUUGGAUCAAACUGGACUGUAUAUUUGACCAAGCCGGAUGGAACUUAUAAAGAAACUAAGCUCAGUGAACUGCUACCUUUAGCAUUUUCCCCUGAACACCUCUCAAAGAACUGAUCCACCGGGUCUUUGAAUGGCCUAAGGCCCCCUAUAAACCCUGCUAUGGAUUUAUUACAACCAAGUAACCAUAAUCAUACCAUCAAUGUAACUCAUUUGUAGCAGCUAAAAAAAUGUGUCUAGUUUGUUUUAAACCAGAAGUUGAUUAUCUAUAAUAACUGGCUGUAAAAUUUGUUUGUGUCAAAUUGCAUUAAGAUGUGCAUCAACCUGAAUAAAUGUUAACUUUUAGGAUAGCUGAGUAGAAUUAAAUAAAUCAGAAACUA